GUCGUUUUUAUCCGUUUGCUAACUUAAAGUUGUCUAUUUGAAAAAUAUAAUUAGUGAAUUUUCAGAAUUUGAGUACUACAUUAAAUAAAUAAAGUUAUUUUGAAAUCUGAAAUAUACUCAAUCAUGAGGGUGUCAAAAUUUCUGUUACUCUUAAUGACAAUUUUGAUGAAUAAACCGGCGAUCGAGGCACAGAGGCCAUUAGCGAAAGGAAUGUCGCCGGAUGUAAUGAGGGAAUUGUCGAGCGUAUUACGAAAUAAACCAUCCAAGGAAUCACUGAGGGAACCACCGAGAUUACCACCGAAGAAUCCAUUGAACGAAGAACAAAGAGCACCACCAAGAUUACCACCACGGUAUCCAUUAGAAGAAGAACAAAGAGCACCACCAAGAUUACCACCGCGGUAUCCAUUAAAUGAAGAACGAAGAGCACCACCAAGAUUACCACCGCGGAGACCGUUGAAUGAACCACAGAGGGCACCACCAAGAGUACCGCCGAAAGAACCACUGAGAAUCCCGUCGAGGGAACAAUCGCGUGAAUUUUCGAAGGUACCACCAUCCAUUUACAUCAAAGAUGCCGGGUUCAUGGUGGCAAUUUUUGAAAAAAAUGACCAUGGCACUUUCUUCGCGGGUCAGGGGGUUCUAGUUGAGGAGGGUAGCCGUGUUCUCACCAGCUCACUCACUAUUUACAGUGGCUUAACUUUAUACGUACGGGCUUACAAUUGGCCUAAGAAUGUUCAUCGUAAUGAAAAACAAAAAGCUUUCCCCUCUGAUUACAUAGAACGGAAAGUUAAGAGGAUUAAUGUACUACAAGAUUAUAAAAUCAUGCAAAUUCUUGAUUUGGCAGAAGCUUUUCCGAUCGAAGUCGAUUCUAUCAGUUAUUUACAUACCUCUGUUAAAGAUUUUUACCAAACUGGCCAUAAAUGCGCACUGUUAGCACUGAAAGACAAGAGUAGAGAUGAAUAUCUCGAUGAAAGUGACCAGAUAUUGGUAAUAAAACAGCGAAAAAUAGGCUCAGAUCAACUUUUCAGACCGGGAAGUUGUGAAACACAGCUAAUGUCAUCUUUGCGAGAAGAAAAUAUGAACAGAUUUGAUAAAAGAGUUUGGUUUUGUGGAGAAGAAAUUGGGCGAAAGAGAUGUCACCGUUACCAAGGAGGAGCUGCUCUUGUCUGCGAAUCACGUGAUUUACCUAACAAAUACUUUUUAGCAGGUGUUCAAGUAGAUCAAGACAAGUGUGAGGUUCUGUUCCAAGACACUACUAAAGCUUCUGAUCCGAUUUAUGCGGAAUUAGCUUUUGGAAAUUAAUUUCAUUUAAUUGUCAAAAUCAAAUGUUGAUACUUACAUACAUGUAGUUGCAAUUAAUAAACUAAACAAUGUAUAAUAUCUGAGGUCAUGUAGAGACAAAAGUCCUGCGACCAUAAUAAAUAAAUUAAAAUAGUGAC